AUGCACACACGCCCAACCCAUGCGCACACACACCCACGUUGGAUCCCAUCUCUCUCGUCUUCCUCGAUCCCCUUUCUCCACCCCACGCCGCCACCAGAUUUCGGCGAUCCCCGCUGUUCCCCACCGCCCAGCUCUCCUCCCCGAGGUCACCUCUCCCUGCUCAUCAUCUCCACCGACCGGUUUCUCUCCUCGCCCAGGAGAGUCCCGCCUCCUCGCCGCCAAGGCCGCCGCCGCCCGCCGCCUCGAGUGGCGCCGCCUCCUCCUCGAGCGUCGCGCCGUAGACCUCGCCUCCCACGCCCUCGCCGCCCUCGCUGGCAUCAACGCCACCCACGCGCGCCGCCUCGCCGUCGCCCGCGACAUCAGCUCGACCAACGGCGAGAUCGAGGACGCGCAGCAGAAGGCGGAGGAGUGGGACCGCUUCUACGAGUCCAAGAGGAAGGAGAUGGAGGAGUUCCGGCCGUCAUCUCCACAGCCUCCAUCCACCCCGGCCGCAGCCACUUCUCAACCCCACGAGCAGCCUCCUGGCCUAGUUCCUCGUCACCGUCCUCCUCCCAGUCCCUGUCCACCUCCGCCUCCACCUGGUGGUCCCAGAGGCGACGAUUCCCCGUCGCCUCGGCCGCCGUAGAGCUCUGCGAGGCCGCCACGGGUGGUGGAGACUCCGUCCGCGUCAUCGAGACGCCGCAGCCCAACUCAAGUGUUAAGUUCAGCGUGGAGGUGCCUCCCUUGAUAUGCAGAGCAGCGGGUUGCACUCGGACGACGCCGGGAUCGGGGCUGCGGAAGCCAGGAAGGCCGACCUCAUGGCUAAGAAGGCCAAGCUGGAUGAGACCCUGGCUGCAGCCCGCCAGUUCAGAGCACUGCUUCGGCAGUAGCUCCAGAAAGCCUUCGCGUCACAGAUGGAGUAGGAGGACGAGCGGCAGCAGCAAAUCAGCCUGAUGAUGACGGGGUGCGGAAGGCAAUGGUGAUCAUGCUGAUGGCAUGAAGAAGGCUGAUGACCACAACCUGGACCUUUUGGCAUUUAGAGAUGGCAAACACAGGCGGCGUGGAGACAACAACCUGGACCACCCACCUCCCUUGCCUUUUUAAUUUUGGUUGUGGUGGUUGCAUCACCGUCGCGGUCGCAAAUCAGUAUGUAGUGUGCUUGUGGAGUUGGGUCUGGACCGCAGUGUCCAUCCAGUAGGUUAGGUGUUGUUGCUGCUAGAUCCCAUGAUGCUCACCUAAGUUUUGUGUUAUGUGGAGGCCAACCUUUGUGAUCUUA